AUGGAGGAAGAACUUAAUCAUUUCAGUCACGAGGAACACCCUCUAAUCCUGAGUCGAUUGUGGAAGAAACAUGACGGUGAACUUGACCAGAAACUAGUAAUCUGUUAUGGCUGUCAAAAACAAAUUUCAGACUCCACAGCCUACUGUUGCUUCCAUUGUGAUUUCUUUCUUCAGAAAAGAUGUGCUGAACUUCCUCCUAAAAUCACACAUCCCAUUCAUCCCCAGCAUCCACUCAUACUCCAUAGGCAGCCCACUAAUUCUUCUCAUGGUUGUAUGUGUGAUUUGUGUGGCCAAAAGGGUUGGAAGUUUUUCAUCUACAAGUGUAACUUGUGCCACUUUGAACUAGAUGUAUCAUGCGCUACAUUAGACUGGGAAAUUAAGCUCGAAUGCCAUGACCACCCUGUUAUAGAACAAAGAUCGGCUACUUUCCACUGUAAUGCUUGUUGUAUGGUAGGUGAAGAUUCGUCGUAUUUGUGUACUGUUUGUCCAUUUUGGAUCCACAAGAGAUGUGCGUUGCUACCAGUAACUGUGCAGCACAAGGAUCACAAUCAUCCAUUGUUGCUGGCUUAUUCUGUUCCUUCUGAGCAUCGUAGUUUUAGACAGUAUUGCCCUGUCUGCCAUGGAAAGAUCCAUCGCCAUUAUUGGGUUUAUUAUUGUGGCCCCUGCAGAUAUUUCGUUCAUAUCAAAUGCAUCAUGAUUUCUCAAAAUACCAAGCAGAAAAAUGAAGAUGAUAAAUACUCUAUCUCGGAAGGAGAACUAGAUUUGGAAGAUCAAUGUGCUACCAAGAAAAAUGUGGUGAAACUACCAUCAAGUCAUGCAGCCCAAGAAUUGAUCAGCCAUUUGCUUAACAAGGCAGAUGAAAGUAGCAGUAGUUCAGGUGAAUUGAAGGCUGAAGAAAAAAUAUUUAUAGAAGAACACCAACAUCCAGUUAUUCUUUCCAAGAGGGAGCAAAUUCAAGAUGAGAAUAACGGUACCAAGGAAGAAGCUAUAACAUUAGUAUGUGAUUGGUGCAUUGAGCCUAUUUCCUUAUCUGAUCCUCACUAUUCUUGCGUCGAAUGUGGUUACUACGUCCAUUUUACUUGUUAUAAGCUCCCCAGUGAGUUGCAAAUCACAAAACAUCCCGAGCACCCGCUCUUGUUAAGGUAUGAAGCGAAUGCUGUUGGUCAUUUCGUCUGCAAUGCUUGCCAAAGACAGAGCAAUGGUGAAUUUUAUGAAUGCGAUCGCGACUCUUGUGAAUUACGUUUCUGUAUCAAGUGUGCUAGUGCUAGCAUGAUCCCAAAUGUCGUACACGCUGCUCAUAAACACCUCUUGACUCAAUAUGGAAGUUCUGAUCCCACAAAAUGCAAUGCUUGUGGCACCAAAAGUGAUGGUUUUGUGUUUGCCUGUAAAUAUUGCCAUUUCUAUUUGGACUAUGAAUGUGCUCUGCUGCCUCCUGCAACCAAGCAGAGAUGGGACAAGCACCCGCUGAUUUUAGUGUAUCCUCCGUAUUUCGAUCAUCCUGAAGAAUUCUAUUGUGUUCUCUGUGAAGAAGAAAUCAAUCCAAAUACUUGGAUGUAUCAUUGCCGCGACUGCGACUACUCUUUGCAUCCUUGGUGCAUUCCCCAAAUUAAGUUGUUCAGGGAUCUCAAAUUCGGCCGAUCCCUGCUUGUUGAUGAUCAUCCUCAUAAUCUUACACACGUUACGGAAGCAAGAUACAAAUGGGUGAAUUCUUACAUUGUGAUGGAAAAAAAAUGA